GGGGUCCACCAUAUCCGCCCCCUCCUGCAUACCCCCCACCUCCUCCCAUCCCUCCCCCGCAGCUGCAGCGGGUGCCACUGCAUGCGCUGCAGCAUCAGCAGCUGCUGCUGCUGCAGCAGCAGAUGCGGCAUCUUCCAGCUGCAGCGCAGCCAGCCAUGUUUGCACCUCAUUGGCAAGAAUUGCAUCAGUAUCCUCAGCAGCAGCUGCAGUGGCUUCCCGGCGGAAGGCAGCAGCAGCGGCAGCAGCACCGCAGUGCUGCUUACAGAGGCAGGCAGCCACCGCCGCCGCCGCAGCAGCAGGAAAGGGCGGGACUACCUCUAGAGCAACAGCAAGUGAAGUUUUCCUUGCGCUCAGCUCACAAAGACUCUCAGAUGACUGAUUCUUAUCCGCAGCAACAGCAGCAGCAGCAGCAGCUGCAAUACCAGAGCUCCGGCCCACGUUCUUCCUCGCAACGCCUCUAUCCUCACUCUCGUACGCCGCCGCCGCCGCCGCAGCCGCCGCAGCAGCAGCAGCGACAGCAGCAGCAGCAGCAGCAGCAAACGCAGCGGCCACGAAGCCGCGCUGAUAUGUAA